UAGAGUAAGUGGUGUAUACGUGGUUGCCUACGUUGCACCUCUAUAACCUGAACUUAAUUUCACAUGAAUAAAAUUCUUCUUGGUAAAAAUGUUAAAAAAUAAAUCAAAAAUACUUUUAAAUAAUUUAAGAACAUACAGCAACAAUGCCUCAACCACUAAGAAGAUAUAUCCUCAAAGAAUAUUUUCUGGUAUCCAACCAACUGGUUCAGUUCACAUUGGAAAUUAUUUAGGAGCUAUUACCAACUGGUUAAAAUAUCAAAACCAAGGAGAUGAUAUUAUGCUAUCUGUUGUUGACUUGCAUUCAAUUACACUACCUCAGAACCCCAAAGAUCUUUCUAAAAACAUUUUAACAAUGACAGCAACAUUGCUUGCUUGUGGAAUUGAUCCAGAGAAAUCCAUUCUGUUUCAACAGUCACAUGUUCCUCAACAUACUGAAUUAUGUUGGCAAUUGGGUUGCAUUUGUACGAUGGCUAGACUGGCACAUUUACCUCAGUAUAAAGAAAAGUCCGAAAAUUUAAAAGAUAUACCUUUGGGUUUGUUUGUUUAUCCUGUAUUACAAGCAGCUGAUAUUUUACUUUAUAAGAGUACACAUGUUCCUGUUGGUGAAGAUCAAAUCCAACAAAUUCAAUUAGCGCAAGAAUUAGCGCGUAUGUUCAACAAUCACUUUGGUGAGACGUUUCCCAUACCGCAUUCAAUCGUCUCUUCAUCUCUCAAUAGCAGAUUGAAGAGUUUACGCAACCCAGACAAGAAAAUGUCGAAAUCCGAACCGGAUGCAAAGAGUCGCAUCACUUUACUGGACACCGAUGAUGAAAUUCGCAACAAAUUCAAGAAAGCCGUCACUGAUUUUACUUCUACUAUUUCGUAUGAUCCGGAAAAACGUCCGGGUGUUUCGAAUUUAGUUGCUAUACAUUCAGAAUUAACAGGAAAGUCUAUUGAGGAAAUUGUUGCAGAUGCUAAGCAUUUAGAUACUUUAGGGUAUAAAUUAUUAGUUGGGGAAGAAGUAGCAGCGCGUAUUAGGCCUAUACGUGAGAAAAUUAUAGAUUAUUCAUCAGAUCCACUUUAUAUUAUGGAUGUUUUGAAGACUGGAGCUGAAAAAGCUUCGGAAAUCGCCGAGAGAACUGCGAAAGAAGUCAGGAGAAAGAUGGGAUUUAAUAUUGACGUGAAGAAGAAGAAGAGCAAAAAAGUCGCCGCGCAGUAAUUAAUAGUUAUUAUUCUAAUAAAUGUUGAAGAAAGCAAGAAAGAUUUCGUUUGAUAUCGAAUAAAUUAAGCUUCGCUUUACUACGCA